AUGGCAGCAGAAAUAAACGCCACCAUGAAGGACAUCAUCAACUCCGAUUUUGAGGACAAUAAGGACGAGCGGGUGAUCAUUGUAGAUGAAAAUAAUGAGUUCCAAGAAUUGAAGGCGAGAAAAAUUAUGCGGAUGGAGAAUCUGUGGCACAGAUCUACCUCCAUUUUUGUUUUCACCAAAAUUGGUGAGGAGUAUUUUAUUUAUGUACACAAACGAUCCAAGGUAAAGGACUACUGCCCAUCGUACUACUCCAUCGGUUUCGGGGGAGUCGUUUCGGAAAAUGAAGAUAUGCUUGGCAAUGCUGUGAAGGAGCUGGAGGAAGAGAGCGGGAUAAAGAAGUCCCCCGAACAGCUCUUCGAUUUGGGGGUUGUCAAGUGCGACACGGAGUGCUCCAGGUCCUUCGUGGGUUCCUACGUAAGUCUCACUUUGGGAAAGCCCAUGCCAUUUGAUGGGGUUGUCUUCAUCGACCCCGACUUCCAGACCAUCCCCCAGCUGAAUGAAGUCGAAUUUAUCACCCGCAUUCCGCUGAGCGAAUUUGACGAGUUCUUACAAAAGGAGAAAUUCACAGUUAUAAGCAAAACGGUGUAUAACCACUUUAAAGACAAAAUGACUAAAUCAGCCUUGGACGAGAUAUACAAGAAGAUCAACUGA